AUGAAGUACUAAUUUAUAUCUAGCCUGACAAGUUUGAAUUAUUGAUUGCGAGUUGCUAGCUGGUUCCAUUAUAUAAUUCAAGCCAAUAAAGAGGCAAAGGGUAAUAACAAGGCAUUUCGUGUUUCUUGAGAGCCAUUUUGGUUUAUCUUCUCUGUCAGAGUUGAAAGCAAAAAUCAGGGGUAGAGUCAGAGCAAAGACAAAAUGCAUCGUCCCAUCUUUGGGCGUUCUUUUGCCGUGCUCGUGGCACCCAUCCUUCUCUCCGUGCUCGCGUUCCGUUUUCUCAAUAAGAAGAAAGCUAGCAAGCGUGAAAAUGCAAAAGAUGCUGAUUCUGGUGCAUUCUGUUCGUUGACUGCGGAGAUGGGAACUAGUGCCGAUGGAUCUAGUUCAUCUCCUACGGAGACUAAUAAUGGUGCGUCUAGUUCAACAUUUGGAGAUAGUUACGAGGUGUUCUUGAGCUUUAGAGGCUCAGAUACUCGAUAUGGCUUUGCUGAUCACCUCUACGAUAGGCUCAUUGAAGCUGGAAUUCGUGCUUUUAGAGACAAUGAGGCACUCUACCAAGGCAAGGAGAUUGGCCCAAAUCUUUUGGCGGCCAUUAAGAAUAGUAAGAUUUUCAUCCCCAUUCUCUCAGAGAAUUAUGGAAGAAGUCAUUGGUGCCUCAAUGAACUGGUUGAAAUAAUGGAGUGCAACAAUAAUAACACGGAGACGAUAGUGUUGCCUAUAUUUUACAAAGUGUCACCAGCUGAUGUACGGCAUCAAACUGGGAGAUUUGGAGAGCAAUUUACGGAGCGUGAAAAACGUUCGCGUGGGAGGGACAUAGACCCAACAAUUUUGGAGAAGUGGAAGCAAGCGCUCAGAGAAGUUGCUGACUUGAAAGGAUGGGAAUCAAAUGGGUCAGAAGUAAAAUUGGAAAAAGAGGUGGUCCAACGAGUGUUGUUUGAACUGAAGAAAAAGUUUGAGUUGGUUAUUCCUGAGAAUUUGGUCGGAAUUGAUAAACAUGUCAAGAAAGUUAUGGAAUCUGUACAUAAAAAUUCUCAUGGCCCCCUAUUUAUUGGCAUCCAUGGAAUGGGAGGCAUUGGCAAGACUACUCUUGCUAAAACCAUCUACAACAAACUCUCCAAUCAAUUUGAGGAUCGUAGCUUCAUUGCAGAUGUAAGGGAAUCAUGUAAGUGUAAAGGACUUGACUACUUGCAAAUCUAUUAAUCUCUGCUAUAUUGAAGCAAGAAAAAAAAAUUUCUAGUCAGGAUGAAGGUAUUUACUUCAUUUCAUCCAAUUUUAAAAGUAAGAAAGUCCUCAUUUUCUUGAUGACGUGGGUGAUGACAAAGAAUUGGAGGCUUUGGCUGGAAAUCGUAAUUGGUUUUCUUCGGGAAGUGUGAUUAUUAUUACCACCCGAAACAAGAAGAUUCUUGACAAUGCUGAGGUGGACUACCAGUAUGAACAUGAGGAAAUGGAUCAGAAUAACUCUUUGAUUUUGUUCAGUAGACAUGCAUUUCGAAGCGACACUCCUCCAAAGGACUUUGAGGACCUUACCCGUAAGGCUGUGGCCGCCACCGGAGGGCUUCCCUUAUCUCUUCAGGUUGUAGGUUCAUUUUUGUGUAAUCAAAAGCCAAAUGAAUGGGAAGGUGUGAUAAAAAAGCUACAAAAUGUCCCUCAUCAGAAAGUGCAAGAAAAGCUAAGAAUCAGUUAUGAUGCGUUAGACUUUAAUCAAAAACAGAUAUUUUUGGAUAUCGCUUGUUUUUUCAUUGGCACUGACUUGAGAAUCGCAUCCUACAUGUGGGACGCCUGUAACUUUUUCCCAGGGGAGGGCAUUCUAGUAUUGAGAUUAAUGUCAUUAAUAAAAGUUGGAGAGAAUCAUGAGCUUAUAAUGCAUGAC